CAUCGCGGGAUUUCGAAUUAGUCACCGGUAGUGACAACAAGUGUGGCAAUAAUCGGCAGGACACGUCGGGGGAUUAAACCAUGGCCAUCGUCUGGAAAGUUUUGCACGUAGUAUUGCGCUUCGCAUAAUGCGCGGGGCGCGAACGUAUAUAUUUAUAUACGUGUAUUUCGCGGUCGAUCGAUUUUUUUUUGCGUCAGACGGGUGUCGCGCGUUCGUGAAGUUCGCGCUCACGGAGGCGCGUUGUUUUGGCUCGCUUUGGCGUUGAAUGCCCCCGAUAGUGAAUAGCGGCGGUUUGUUCAGCCGCACACGGCUACCAGCACGACCCGCUCGUUAAUCGGCUAAUGCCACCGCCGCGGAACAUGCGAGUUCUACACGUAUUUGUAUCAUUAACUUAUCGUCGGUGUUAUCGCGAGUCCGAUAAAUACGACGUCCGGACAGAAAGCCCUUGUUCGAAUGCCGUUUGAGUCGUCUGAUAAUAAUAAUAAGCUCGAUGCAUGUCGCUGUAUAAUUAUAAGGCUGCACGCUCUGAGCAUGAAGUCGGAUUUCACCUUUAGCACUUCUCAAGAAGGAGCGAUCUAGUCUUUUAUUUCAAACGCUUUGCAUGUGAAUAGAUCGUUAUCCACGAGGUAUCUCUAACAAACUGCUAGAUUGUGUACAUAUAUACUUUCUCGAGUAAUUCGGUGGCUAUUAAUCGAACAUCGGUUCAACAACCCUGGGAAUAAUGUAUGCAGACCUCGGGAGCGACCGACUUAUCCUCCGCGAAAUUUACUUUCAUGUUGUUUACGAUCUACCUCGUAGAAUCGCAAAAUUACAGUAUUAAUAAUAACAAUAAAAAUUUGCGUAAUUUAAAAGCUCGUAAUAUGUGCGCGUGUGUAUGUAUGUGUGUGUAAUGAUUUAACGUUUGAUAUACGCGAAUCUCAGUCGUUGAAUAACAUUAUCGCAAUCAAAAUUUUAUUGAUUCGAAAUUCCAAAGAUUUAAAGAUUGAAGACAUCAAAAUGUGAGAGAAUGCGAAUAUUCCAAGAUUUUAAAAAAUUUGAAGUUUAGAAGAUCUCUUUAGAAUUUGCGAAUUAGUCAUUCGAGAAGCUGGAAACUUGAGAGUAUAAAAGCAUGAGAAUAUAAAAGCAUGAAGUUUCGAUAGCUCCGAUAGUUUAAGAUUCUGGAAUGUCUAACAAUUCGGGGAGUUGACGCUUUCUACGCUAAUUGCACCGUUAAUUACAAUUUUCCGACACGUCGGAAGUCUUUAACAAUUCACAAUGAGACAAUUCGUGUAACUUUCCGACGUAGAACAGACGCGUAAUGCAUUAUGCAAGAGACCGCCAUUUGAACUUUUGAUAAGCGAGACCUGAGUGUAAAUCUCGAAGGAUUUAUCGCCCAUUUUACGUUAUUGACCUUUGCAACAGCAAGCUGAAAUACCAGCGUUAAUUUCGCGCCGAGAUGGCGCACGGGAUCUUAACGCUUUUCAGUUCCUUCUUACUUCGCGCCGACUUUAAACUUAAUUUAUGCCAAGGCUAUACGAUAAGACUUACUCCCAAUGUACCUAUAUUCGUAGUACUUCGCCCGUAGUACGUAAAAAUAGAAAGAUCCAUAAGUGGAGGGUGUCGACAAUUAACUCUUGAAUAAACUAAUGUCCACUAUUUAUUCUGGUUAUAUCUGAUUCGGGUUAUAUCUGAUAUAAGCCACAAUUUAUUAUGAUUAUUCCUUUUAAUUUCUUACUUCCACUUGUUACUAUAGUUUCAUUACGUCGCACAGAUCGAUGACACAAGAGACCGGGGCAGUGUUCACGAUCGGUCGUAGCAGAUUCGCGGACAACAUUGCCUCGCACUUCUUCAUACGCAAGGAUCCCGUCGUCAUUAUUACUUGCGGGGACGAGCAUUCCGCCGUGGUUUGUCAAACUGGCAGACUCUUUGUUUUCGGCAGUAACGACUGGGGUCAGCUGGGACUGGGUCAUAAGAACCACAUUAGCAAACCUUCGUGCGUAAAAAUCCUGAAACCAGAAAAAGUCACACACGUUGCGUGCGGGAGAGCGCAUACCUUAAUAUGUACAGGAGCUCAGAAGAUCUUUGCGUGCGGCAGCAAUCAAGAAGGCCAACUGGGUCGAGAAAGUUCCGCGAUAGGCGACAGUUCCAGUUCCCCGAUCUUGAUCUACGAUUGCGGUCUCGCCGGGCCCAGGAUCCUUCAAGUCGCAGCGGGAUCGCAUCAUUCGAUGGCUCUCACGAGCGACGGGGGUGUUAUCGCUUGGGGAAGCAACCUAGAAGGACAAUUAGGGUUGCCCGGUAUUUCGGGACUAGUUAAUAAGCCGACAAAGGUCCCCAUUCCAGAACCGGUGAAGGAAAUCAGCGCGGGAUACUAUCAUUCAGCUUUCCUGACCGAAAGUGGUCUCGUUUAUGUCUGCGGCGAAUCGGAGAGCGGCAAACUCGGGAUCGAUGUCAACUUUUCUACGCAAGUUGCACCGAAGCAAAUGCAGUUGCCAGCGCCUGCUUUGCAUGUUACAUGCGGCGGUCAUCACACACUCGUAUUAGCAGGAAACGGCAACAUUUAUUGCUCCGGCAGUAACGCCAGCGGUCAACUUGGCAUGGGCACGAACGUCAACGAGGUGCACACGCCGAAACUUCUUUCACGCGGGGCUCUCCAGGACGAAACGAUCGUCAAGAUCGCUUGCGGCGAAAGUCACAGCGCUAUACUCACAGAAUCGGGCAAACUCUUCACCUGUGGAGACGGCCGACACGGGAAAUUGGGCCUGGAGGAAAAUGAGAACAACGUUCACGAAGUAACGUUUGCUGCCAAAUACCAGGAGCUGUUUGUCUCGAAUGUCUCGUGCGGAGGAUGUCAUACGAUAUUGGUUGGUCGGAGACACGAAAUGAAUUAUCAAUUGCAACAGCAGUCGGACACCGCUCAAAUGGAACAAUCCGCGCAGAAAAUAAGCUCCCUACCUCCUUUAAAACUUCCUGUAAAUAUGCAAAAUGAACAACGGCUGGAUAAUAUGGAAAACAAGUCGACGAACGGAAAGGACAACGAUGCGGAUAAGAAUAGCGAAAAACUGCAAAAUAACGAUGCUGAGACGAAUUCCUCGGAGAACGCGGCGACAAACAAUUCAAACCUUGUUAACGGCUCGUCGAGAAAAGACGAAGAUAACGUGAGUCAUCAAGAAUCUUCUAAAGCUGUCCCAUCGGAGACAAUCGAAGAAUCGCAGCCAGCCGACCACGAGGAUCAAGCGAAAGAUGAAGAAAAUGAGCAGGAUGAUAAAAAUAAUGAGAGUCAAGAAAAUAACAAAGAAAGCGAUAAAAGCCAAGAGAGCAAUGAAAACGCGGAAAAUCAAGCGACGCAGGAGACUGAGGAAUCGCAUACAGAAGUAGCAGAAACGACGGCAACUAAUGAAAUCGAGCAGGAAACGUCGACGAAUACCACGCCACCGCCGAAACCGCCGCGACUAAAAUCUGGUGACGCCGAAAACAUGAGCAACGAGAAGGAAUCGUCGAAGGGAAGCGACGAAGCUGAAGAAAUCGGCAAAGAGGAGAACGGAGAAGAGACGAAGGCGAGCGACGAGCGAAUUGGCAGCACAAAAUCCUCUGAUGGAAGAACCAAGUCGGCAAUUUCAAAAACUGGCGAUGAAAAUACGGCAGACGUUACAGAAAAUUCGAUAGACAAAGUGGAGAAAGACGGGCAUGUUGAAGAGUCAGGAAAAGCGGAGGUGGAUGGCGCUCAGGACGAUGCUGACGUGGUGCAAUCGCCGGCGCCACGGACAGGUAAAAUGGCAAAGUUGUUCAAAGCGAAACGGCAACAGGAGAUUCAAAACGGAACCAAAAGUUCAAGUAGCGUAGCGAAUCCAAAGGCUAAGUCAAAAACAUGCACCAUCCUGUGAUCGUGGAAACAUCGAAGAGACAUCUGGAUUUAUUAUAUUUUUUAUAAAACAAUACUCUUAUAUGAUAAAUUCGUCCCUGGGACCAAUACACGUGGAACCGAAAAUCUUCUCCAACGAUCGACACGAAAAGCUCGCAUUCAUCAGCAUAUAUAUAUAUAUAUAUAUAUAUAUAUAUAUAUAUAU